UGUAUUUCGUUAAAGUUAUCACUUUCUAGAUUCUAUGGAAGUAAAAUACUACCUACUAGAUUUAAUAUGAUGAUUUAAUGUUUGUUUCAAACCCAAAUUAACUCAUUCAAAUCUUUGAGUAUGUCAGAAGUUAGAAAUAUCGAGACAAUGAUUGUUUUGAUUUGGAAUUGAUAAGUUACACAAAGCACAAAUGAGUGGUGGAGAAGAUGGGUUCUCAGUUUUGGGACAUAUUGCGCCAAGGCAUUUGGGCUUCAUUUACAGGAGGAUGGUAUUACGAACCAAAGCACAGUAUUUUUACAAAUACAUUCCACCUUUACUUAUGGCUCAUUCUACUUUGUUUACCUUUUUUUGUUCAUUUGUAUGUAUCGGAUAUUAUUGUAUGGAUAUUGUAUUCGACCAUUGUAAGUCUGAUUAUAACAAUAAUAAAAUUUGUAAAUUGGUCUCUCCACCACAUGUUCGACACUACCGAAUAUAUUGUAGAAGAAGACAUCAAAAAGGAUAGCAACACUGAUCUCGAAUGCCGUCGGCCUCCUCUUAAAGAGCCAAACAAAGAGGAAGAAGGCAUUGAAAUGCAAGUGCUCGGUGGAGGUGAGGGUAUCAACAAAAAUGAACCAUCUACAUCGGGUAUUGUAUACCAUCAAAAUGAAUCAAAUCCUGAAAGACAAAGCAGUUCAACUAGUACAGAUUCUGGUUUGCAUCUCCAAGAAAAAAAUAACCAAUCUUUUGUUGAAAAAAAUAAAGAUGGGAAUAGUAAUAGACGUUAUGAUAGAGGAGAUUUAAAAAGCUUCUCAGAGAUAUGGAAGUAUCAAGAUGAGCGUGGGCAAGACUUUAUUACAGUUUCUACAGACUGUUUUACAAACGAAUGUAAUAACCUAACAUUUCAAGGAGAUCCAAAAAGUGCUAGUUCAGAUUACUCCACAUGCAGUGAUGUUUUUGCAAAAGAUAAAGAUGUGGGAAGAACUUCAAGUUAUCAGCUUGUCUUUACGUCGAGCGAUAUAGUGUAUCCAAUUGUCGAGCACUGUGAAGACCAUUGCUCUAAUCAAGGAAUUAUUCACACAGUAAUUGAUAGUGACGAUGAUGAUGAAGCUGGUAGUAGAUCCCCUUUGUUAACUUGUCACAUAGGAAAUUGGAAAAUGUGUUCAGAAGAUGUUAAGAAAGCAUUAAAAGCUGAUAGUGAUAUUGAAGUAGCUCUAAUAAAUGAUAGUAAACCUAAAGAUACUGGCUCAAAUCACUUGUUAGAUUCUCCAGAAACUUUAGGAUUAGAUUGGCUCUUUGAACACACAGAAAGUGAAUCAGAAAUUGACAAUACUAAAGUAAGAAAAUCGGAAAACAUUAACUCAAUACCGUGGCAUUUUACAUUGUCCGAUGACGAUUAUACCACCACUUCUGAAGAUAACAAUUCUAGAAACAAAUCAGAUUCAAAAAAUUGCAGUAGAGAAGAAAUUGAAGCACCUCAAGUAGUUGAAUUUGAGUGUUCUGGAGCUACACCAAAAACAAAAUCUAUAAAAGAUGCGAAAAAAUCAAAUAAAAAAAGAAAAGCCACUUCUACCCCUCAUUUAAGCGUCAAAAAUGAUUCAGACAAAAAAAGACAUCGAAGAACAAAUAAAAAUAAAUCAAGUGAGUCAAGGCGAUGCAGAUGUGAAAAAAAUAAAAGUGAUAUGGACUGUGGUACUGAAUCUAAAAGUUAUCCUACAGUAACAGAUGAAUGGAUUGACAACAACACACUUAGUAGACCCGAUGCAAUGACAACUUUAAAUGUAAAUGAAGGUGCAUCGUCCUCGGCUGGUUCACACAACGAACUAAGUUCACUCUUACCCACAAGUUCUGAGCUAGCUAUCAAUCCGACAUCUGAAUCUCAGCAUGAUAACAAAACAUUAGUAACAAGUUCAAAAAAUGAAGUUAUUUCAGGAAAUAAUGAGCUUGGAAUUAGCCGUAUAGAAGGUCGAAGUAGAAUGAGACAUCGACACGUGAGUAGUAGAAAUAGUCGUCGUAUAAGAUCUCGAGAUGCAUACAAUUCACCAUUUUUGCAAGCUACUGAUGGUGUUAAUUUUGCUGCUUGUUCUGAAGAUACCUCUGAAGGAGCUGUACAUUUUUUUCGAGAUGAAAAUGGUCAAUGGAUGACCUACACAUUUCGUGAUAUGUUGAAUAAUAAUUCAUCGAUAAUCAAACCUUUCCCUUCCACAUCUCGCCGUGAUGAUUCCACAGAUGAUCUCGUAUUCAACCAUUCUCCAGUAAGACUGUUUCCCCGUCCAAACCGUGGUUAUGAACAUCAGCAUCAGUUUGAAACUGAAGAUACUUAUUGGUUACAAAAUCAACCACAACGAUAUCGUCACUUCAAUAUAUCUCCAAUAAUUUCACCUGUCGAGGAGAGCCUGGAAAACGAACAUGAAAAUAUCAGGCCAGAUUUUCAAGAUGAAUAUCCUGCAAUAUCGCGGCAAUUACGUUUCGAUCUACUUGAUCCUAAUGUUGGUGUGCCGAAACCCAAACGAUAUUAUCCAUAUAAACCAUUGAAGAAGCUGUGUUUUAAAAUACGUUUCGAUCGCCUUGCACUAUUAACGGCAAUUGAUCGAAAUCUUACUCUAUUUGAACUAUUUAUAACAAUUAGUCUAGCAACAGCAGUCGCAAUUCUAGGCGCUUUUGUAUUGCACUACAACUUUUAUCGAGAUGUUCAUGCUUUUAUUUUUUGUUUUGUUAUCGCUGGUUGCCAGUAUUCCUUAAUAAAAUCUGUACAACCAGAUGUAGCAUCUCCCACACAUGGAUUUAACAAAACUGUUGUUUAUAGUCGGCCAGUUUACUUUAUCAUAUUUUCAUCUAUACUUCUUUUAACACACUUGCAAUUAAACUCUGGUCGUACAUUUUAUCAAAUUAAGUUUUACGGAUUUACCUUACAUAUUACAUAUAUGUUAGAAACCCUACGCAGUUUUUUAGAAAGCUUUUUAUUAUUCCUACCAAUUGCCUUUAGUUUUGGUCUACUUCCUCAGGUAAACACAUUUUUUAUGUAUACAUUGGAACAAAUAGAUAUACACUUGUUUGGUGGAAAUGCAACAAGCUCGUUGAGAGCUUCUGCUUACUGUGUACUGCGAAGCUGUUUAGCUGUGUCUAUUUUAUAUGGAGUUGCUUAUGUGGCACUAAACGGAUGGUCAGGGUCAUCAAGGAAUGUGCUAUUAUCUUUGUUUUGUGCAAUACUCAUGGCUAUAUCUUACCACUUAAGCCGCAGUUCAAGUGAUCCAGCACCAAUAUUAAAUGUGUUAAAAACGUAUUUGUGGCCAAAUGACGAUAUAUUUUCUAGACCUGACGUUGAAUGUCCUAGACCAAAAAAAGAAACAAAUAAACUAAACAAAAAGGGCUCUGAACAAAAAGAAACUGUGUGUGAAGAACAAACAAAAUCUGAGUUGGAUGACGAAAUAGAAAUUCAAGAUAACUGGCCUAAACAGUUACAAGACACGAUAAAUGGAAGACUGAAAUCAGAUUUAAUUUUUUGUCCAGUUGUGGGUCUCAUUAUUUUUGCUAUUCAUUCUAGUAACAUAUUUUCAGCUCUCCAACCAGAAUUAAAUCCAUUAAUGUGGUGUACCACAUUCAGUGUUGGGUUUUUGUUGCAUUACAUAAUACCACAACUACGGAAGCAACUGCCUUGGUUAUGUGUGGCUCAUCCAAUACUAAAGCCUUCAGAAUACAAUCAGUAUGAAGUAAAACAGUUAGCCAAAAUUAUGUGGUUUGAAAAAGUAUAUGUGUAUCUAUGUUUUUUUGAACGUAAUGUUCUUUAUCCUCUUAUGUUUAUUGGUUGUCUAACAUCAGAUAGCCCAAAAGUUGUCAAUAAAUUGGGACUUCCAUUGGGUUCUUUAGUUUUAUCUGUAUGUGCACUCAAAUGCUUGCGAUGUUCAUUUUCACAACAGUCUAAGCAGUACAACAUACUAGCUUUUGCUGUGCUCUUCUUCCACUUAGACUACAAUGAAUACACUGAAACAUUCAUAAUAGAUUAUUAUCUUACAGCCAUUGCUUAUGACAAAAUUUAUGAAUUCUUACUUAAGCUUCAAUUUGUUAUUACAUAUAUAGCCCCUUGGCAAAUAACUUGGGGUUCAGCCUUUCACGCUUUUGCACAGCCAUUUUCUGUUCCGCAUUCAGCAAUGAUGUUUCUUCAGGCAUUUUUAUCAGCAGUUAUUUCUUCACCGCUAUAUCCAUUUUUAGGAAGUGCUAUAUUUUUGACAUCAUAUCCACGACCUGUAAAAUUCUGGGAACGAGAUUAUAACACUAGACGCGUUGAUCAUACAAAUACUAAACUGUCAUCGCACUUGGAAAGAAAUCUUGGUGCUGAUGAUAAUAAUUUAAACUCUAUAUUCUAUGAACACCUUACUCGGUUAUUGCAACAUACACUUUGUGGUGACUUGAUACUUGGCCGUUGGGGUAAUGUGUCUCAAGGCGAUUGCUUUGUAUUAGCAUCUGAUUAUUUGAAUUGUCUCGUUCACAUUGUUGAAAUGGGUAAUAAUUUGGUUACGUUUCAAAUGCGUGGACUAGAAUUUCGUGGAACAUACUGUCAGCAAAGAGAAGUAGAAGCAAUAUCGGAAGGUGUAGAAGAUAAUGAAGGAUGUUGUUGUUGUGAGCCUGGACACUUUCCUCAUAUAUUGUCUUUGAAUGCUGCUCUCGGACAACGCUGGCUUGCCUGGCAGGUAGUAGCAGCAAAGUAUGUAGUACAAGGGUAUAGCAUAUCAGACAUAAACGCUUCUUCAAUGCUACAAGUUUUUGACUUCCGAAAAGUUCUUGUCAGUUAUUAUGUAAAGAGUAUUAUAUAUUAUGCAAUUCGAUCGCCAAAAUUACCACAGUGGCUUGCAUCUGAAGAAAUCAAAGAGGGUUUAAAACCUACAUUGGGUAAAAGUUUUGUUGAUCUAGACCCCGUUUUCAAUAUAAACAUAGAUGAAGACUAUGAUUUACUUUCCUGUGGCGUCACUCGUAAUAGCUUUUGCUCUUUCUAUUUGGAGUGGAUACGGUUUUGUGCUUUCCAAACUGAAAAUAUAAGAAAAGUUGUAAUCGACAAAGGAAAAGAAUCCGUAUUGGUAUCAUUGUGUUUUGCAUUAAGUUUGUUAGGUAGACGAUCACUUGGCUUGGCCUCACAUACAACUAUGUCUAGUGUCGAAUUCUUUCUGUAUGGUUUACAUGCACUAUUUAAAGGGGAUUUCCGUAUUACUUCGGCAAGAGAUGAAUGGAUAUUUGCCGAUAUGGACUUAAUGAAAAAAGUAUUAGCACCUGCAAUACGUAUGUCAUUAAAACUUCAUCAGAAUCAUUUCAUGGUUCCUGACGAGUAUGAAGAUCCAGCUGCCCUCUACAAUGCCAUUAGCUAUCAUCAACGAAAUUUAGUUAUUUCUCAUGAAGGAGAUCCAGUUUGGAGAAAUGCUGUUCUAUCAGGAAUGCCAUCAUUACUUGCGUUGAGGCAUAUAAUGGAUGAUGGAUCAGAUGAAUAUAAAGUGAUAAUGCUAAAUAAACGGUUUUUAAGUUUUCGUGUUAUAAAAAUAAACAGAGAAUGCGUGCGUGGCCUUUGGGCUGGACAACAACAGGAAUUAGUGUACUUGAGAAAUAGAAAUCCAGAACGUGGUAGUAUACAAAACGCUAAACAAGCAUUAAGAAAUAUUAUAAAUUCGUCUUGUGAUCAACCCAUUGGAUAUCCAAUUUUCGUUUCACCGUUAACCACAUCUUAUGCCGAGACAAACGAACAAUUAUCAUCACUUGUGGGAGGUUCGAUUAGUUUGACAGAAAUCAAGAAAACUAUUGUUAGAUUGUGGGCAAGGUUGAAAAGUAGAUGCGUAGAAGGAUGUUCUAGUGGUAGUUCGUUACAGUCACACGAUGAAGGCGGUUUUGGACAUGAUGGCGUCUAUGCCAUGACACAGUUCAAUCGUCAUUCUGGUUAUGGUACCAGAACACCAGGAAGUCAAUCUAUUGAAAUGAGUGGUAGCGGCAGUGGAAUGGGUGGUAGCAUUAGUAGCAGAAGUGGUGGCACACGAGGUAGUACAGCAAACGUAGCUGGAAAACCAAGUUCUGCCGGCCUUGCGAAUUUGGCGGGCUUAUUAUCCUCAUCUCAGUCUCCUAUAACGAGUUCGCCACAGGCUUCUGUCGAUAGCAAUCCUCAUAAUGAUAAUUCACCUAUACAGCAUAGAGUUUUGAUAUUAGAUCCAUUACAAGUUUAUGAUGCCAUAAAUUUAGGACGUAGAAUAGAUGUUGUGUGGCCAGAUGAAAAAAUGAGAAUAAGAGGUGGCCGAAGUUACUGGAAAGAUUGGCUUCCCGAGAAAGGAAUGGAAGGACUGGUGGUUCAUCAAUGGGUUCCAAAUCACCGUGACUUAUCGAGGAGAUCUCAUGUAGACAAAACUAUUUUGUUGAUCAAGAUUGACGAGCGAUAUGUGCCUAUUGCUGAAUCCGGUGUAUUGGAUUUAGGUGCAGAAGUGUGAAUAUUUUUGUACUAAUAAGUAAUGACUGAUUUAUUCGGAGUUAUAUGGUUUAACCAAAAGAAUAAUAUGAAAAGCAGAUAUAUUUGGGUAAAAUUAGUCGUCCUCUAAAAACAGUAUAAAUCACAUCAAAAACCUCCAGCAGUUUCAUGGAAAAACAAUUUCUGAGGACAUUUUAUUUGCAAUGAUAUAAAUUUAUUUCAUACUUUUUUUAUUAAUGUUUUUUUUUUUAUUGAUUGUUUUGUAAAUAUAAUUAUUAGGAAAAAUGUAUGUAUAUUUUAAACGUUAGAUAAAAAUGUUCCUCGUUUAAAUGAUUAUUUUGUGAUGCGAAUAUUUGU